GGACUACUUUAGGCACUGCCCAGAGCCCAGGAGUGCAGACAGCCUAUGAGACAGCAGGCAUUGGAACCUCAGCUGGAGAAAGCCUAUUGCAGUCAAGGCAGUGAGGAUAACCUGGAAGUCUUUGGUCGCCCUCAGAAGUCUGCCCAAAGCUCUUGCCCAGCCCCUCUGAUGAUGGAGCGAUCCACCCGGGAGCUAUUUCUCAACUUCACCGUUGUCCUGAUUACAGUUCUCCUCAUCUGGCUCCUUGUGCGGUCCUACCAGUACUAGAGGCCAUGCCACACCCCUGGGGUGGACUGAGAUGCUCUGGAGCUGUCUGCUGCGCGGCCUGAGCUUGCACUCGGGUCGCUGUCAUGGGAUGCUGCUCUUGGCAUGCCCAGGCGCCUCUGCCCUGCACUCACAGGGCCUGCUGUGCCCCAGCAUGAGGGCUGAGUGUGUGUUCUCCAAAGAUGCUGCUCUUACUGGCUGCCAAGUGUCUUCCAGUGAGCAUUAGAUCUGUUCCCCAACUCUUACUGCAAAUGUGCCAGACAAGCCACAAGGUUAAAAUUAAACUGGAUUCGUGAUGAUGUGGAAUGAUAACAAGUCCCUGACUUGUCUCCUCACACCUCCCGCCAACCCACACUGUCUGUAACCAAACUCUAAUUCAACUGUCAGAAAAAAUGUUAGAGGAAGUCUUUGUCAGACUCUCUAGCUGUCAUGUGAAUAAAACUAAGUCAACCAUGGAAA